CAAUUUCACUACUCUCUCUCUUCUUCGAUUCCAUUGGAGUAGCUCUGGAAAUUGUUGAUUGAUUAAACCUAAAGAUUUCUUAAUACCAACAACUGCAUCUGUUGCAAGUCCUCUAGAUGCAAGAUGGAUGAUGGCCGCCAACAUGAGAACAGUAGGCAUAAGAUGGAAUACUACAGAGGAGCACAUUCUCUGUGGAAUACAGAUCCCCAGCAUCAAGUGGAGCAGCCAAAUGCACUAGUUAUGAAUAAGAAAAUUAGGUCCAUUAUGGCUGAAAGGCAGGCUGCCAUUCUAGAACUUGAACUAGAGGCUGCUAUAUCUGAAAAGAAUGAAGCCUUGGCUGCUCGAGAUGCAGCCCUUCGGCAGAGGGAUGAAGCACUUGCUCAGAGGGACAAUGCCCUAUUGGAACGGGACAAUGCCCUUGCAGCCCUUCAAAAUCGGUUCGAUGGUGGAAUUCAGAGUGGAUCAAAACGGAUGCACCAUUCUUCAAAUCAUCAAUCUAACAUGACAGAAACUGCAUACAGCACAAAGGAUAUGACAAUAAGGGAUGCCUCCUCAGUGACUGUUAUAGCUUCUGAAGCUGUCAAAUCUCAUCAAACUAAGAGAACGAAGGAGAACAAGGUAAUUAAUUCUAAGGCAUCAAAGCCACCUAACAAAGUAAAGAAAAUGGGUGAGGAUUUAAAUAGGCAGGCUUCUUCUGAAGGGACAAAGAUCAAAUCUGAAUGGGAUAGGCAGGAUGUUGGCUUGAAUUUGGUUGCAUUUGAUGAAACUAUAAUGCCAGUCCCAGUUUGCACAUGCACUGGAGUACCACGGCAGUGCUACAAAUGGGGUAAUGGUGGAUGGCAGUCAUCUUGUUGUACCACCACAUUGUCAAUGUAUCCACUACCACAGCUUCCAAACAAGCGCCAUGCGCGCAUUGGAGGACGAAAGAUGAGUGGAAGUGUCUUUACAAGACUGCUCAGUAGGUUGGCUUCAGAAGGCCAUGAUUUAUCUAUACCAUUGGAUCUUAAGGACUACUGGGCCAGACAUGGAACAAAUCGCUACAUUACUAUCAAGUAGCUUGCAGACAUUCAUUAGAAUGGAGUUGUGUUCCACUUUGGACCCCUCUCACCGGCCUUUAAUUGAAAUUAUGCCUUGAUAAGCACGAUUUGCUUGAAUUUUAUGAACGCAGGUGAUUUUUCAAUAGAAGGCUAACACCCCUUGCUUAUUUUCAGUUAUUGGUAUGGCUAUACCCAACUUUUAUCCCUAAAACUGAGACAGCUGUAAAGUAUUUUGUAUGCACAUGUGGCUUUCUAGGUGGCCAGAGGUAGAACCAUGGGGACCUGCAUGGUUUCAGCUUUGUCUGUCCAUUGUGUAGGAAACUUUUCUCCACCUUU